AUGAGUUGCUGGCUGCCCUCCCCUACCUAUAUCCUGGACAAAGAGUUGGCCUUGAAGGGAAUUGCCUACGCCCCCAAUGUUCUCGAGGCCGAGGGAAUUACCCUCUUCACCCGCUACGACCUAGACAACUACUACCUUGGCCCUCCGAUUUUCAAGGACAUCUGGGCUAGGCCCAACCUUCGCUCUGCGGCGAUCCUCGGCCACCCCAUCCACCUUGUCAACGCAAUCCUGGUCUGCGGCCUUUCCUAG